AUGGGGAACCUAAACAAGUCGACUGACUUUUUUCCGGACAACGCCCUCAAACGUCGUCUCUUGGGUUUGCAUGUGAGAUGCAAGAACCGUGAAGAAGGAUGCGAUUGGAUUGGUGAACUACGUGCUGUUAAAAAUCAUAUCAAGAAGAUAUGUAAAUUUGUCUUCAAGCAAUGCCCACUGGUGUGCGGUAAACGCGUAAAAAGACAUCAAAUUGAAUCCCACGUACAAAAUGAAUGUCAACUCCGUUCCGUUAAAUGUGAGCACUGCAGGAAAGAAGUGAAAUAUCUUCUCAUGAAAAAUCACACUCCUGUUUGUCCUCGAUUCCCAGUUAGUUGUGUAUUUCAAUGUGGACAAACUCUGCCCAGAGAAGAAAUGAAGGUUCAUGUAGACAAACAAGGAACAUGCCCAACUGCCCUUUUAAAGUGUGACUGUAGAGAAGUGGGAUGUGAAUUUAAAGGAACACGGUCGGAGCUCGAAGAGCACUAUAGAGCAAAUGUACAUAAACAUCUAAUGCUUGCAAUGGUCGAAGUGAGAAAGGAGAAAGAAAGGGUCAGAAAUCUUGAAUCUAAUUUUACCUCAAGUCAGUCUUCACUAGCAACCACGAAAGAAGACAAGGAGAAGAUCAGAUCUCUUGAAUUACAGCUAGAGACAGUUCGACGUUCACUAACAACUACCAGACAAGAAUUAAUGGAGAUGAAGCAGUUUGUUUAUGUGUGGAAAAUAGACUCUUUGUCUAGACAGUCCAAGCAAUCACAGAUAAACAGUAGCUCAUUUUACACAGGAAAACCAGGAUACAAAUUGCAUCUUCGAUUCUAUCCUAACAAAGGUCAGUCACAUGCUGGACUCUACUUGAAUAUCGACCGUGGAGAUUACGAUAGUCUGCUGCAGUGGCCUUUCUCUCAUUGUUUUACUAUGUCAGUGCUUGAACAGAAAGUCAAUGGAAAACACAUAAGCUACAGAGUUGCUGCACCUGGAGGGUCUCUAGCCACACCAGGAACAUUCUGUGGUUCUCGCAAGUUUAUCUCAAAGGAGGUACUGUCACAAGAAUGUUACACUAAGAAUGAUACACUGUUCAUUAAACUUGUGGUUGAUAUGAAUGAUUAACUAUUGGAAGGAGGUGGUGUCUAGCAUACAACUGGCUUGUACUUGCAGGAGUAAGUUUUUCUUGUGUAACCGUUUAUUGUCUAUAUAUGUUUUUAUUAAAUUUUGUAUUUGGAACUACACCUGUAU